AACCUUGUUAAUAUUUGUACGUCAUCUUCAAUACAAUAAAAAUCCUUUGGCUCACACUUUUAUCUGUAUCUUCACUUCUUCGAUCACUUAUCUUUAAUUUCUUCUCACUGUUUUUCAAUCUCCAUUAAAAUGGGUUCGGUGGCGGAGGAGCAAACUGCACUUUUGGAAGAUGGAGUCUCCGAUGAGAGUAGAAGCAAUGAACUCUAUACAGGAGAUGGCUCAGUUGACCUCAAAGGCAAUCCUGUUCUUAAGCAGAAGACUGGAACUUGGAAAGCUUGUCCUUUUAUUUUGGGUACUGAAUGUUGUGAACGUUUGGCUUAUUAUGGGAUUUCCACAAAUCUUGUUACUUAUCUUACCCAUAAGCUGCAUGAAGGCAAUGUAGCUGCCGCAAGAAAUGUUACAACCUGGGCAGGUACUUGCUACAUCACACCACUGAUUGGAGCCGUCCUGGCAGAUGCUUAUUGGGGAAGAUAUUGGACAAUAGCUGCCUUCUCCACAAUCUACCUCAUUGGAAUGUGUACAUUGACACUCUCAGCAUCAGUUCCUGCAUUAAUGCCAGCUGAAUGUGUGGGUUCUAUGUGUCCUUCGGCUGCUCCAGCUCAGUAUGCAGUUUUCUUCUUUGGGCUCUAUCUGAUUGCACUUGGGACUGGUGGCAUCAAGCCAUGUGUUUCUUCCUUCGGGGCUGACCAGUUUGAUGACACCGAUCCUAAGGAAAGGGUGAAAAAGGGUUCUUUCUUCAACUGGUUUUAUUUUUCUAUCAAUAUUGGUGCUCUUAUAUCAAGUAGUUUACUGGUAUAUAUUCAAGAUAAUGCAGGGUGGGGCCUGGGAUUUGGAAUUCCUGCAUUAUUUAUGGGAAUUGCUAUUAUAAGUUUUUUAUCCGGCACACCCUUGUAUAGAUUUCAGAAACCAGGUGGGAGUCCUAUUACUAGGAUGUGCCAGGUUAUGGUUGCGUCAUUUCAUAAGCGGAAUCUGGAGGUCCCUAUAGAUAGUAGUCUCCUAUAUGAAACACAAGAUUCUGCUAUUGAAGGUAGCAGAAAAUUGGAGCACAGCAAUGAACUGGAGUGCCUUGAUAAAGCUGCUGUAAUUUCAGAAGCUGAGUCCAAAACUGGGUCUUUCUCCGAUCCAUGGAGGCUUUGCACCGUAACACAAGUGGAGGAACUGAAGAUUUUGGUUCGUAUGUUUCCAAUCUGGGCGACAGGAAUUGUGUUUUCGGCUGUCUAUGCUCAAAUGUCCACAAUGUUUGUGGAACAAGGAAUGCUAAUGGACACAAAAAUUGGCUCUUUCAUCAUUCCUCCUGCCUCCUUGUCAUCAUUUGAUGUUAUCAGUGUUAUUUGCUGGGUGCCAAUCUACGACGCGGUCAUUGUCCCAAUCGCAAGGAAGUUUACGGGAAAAGAGAGGGGCUUCUCGGAGCUGCAAAGGAUGGGGAUUGGCCUCUUUAUUUCAGUGCUGUGCAUGUUUGCUGCUGCUUUGGUAGAGAUUAAACGCUUACAGCUUGCCAAAGAGCUCGGGUUGGUUGAUUCUGGUGCUGCUGUGCCUCUCAGCAUCUUUUGGCAAAUUCCUCAGUAUAUGUUAAUUGGUGCUGCAGAAGUGUUCACGUUCAUCGGUCAACUUGAAUUUUUUUACGAGCAGUCUCCCGAUGCUAUGCGAAGUUUAUGCAGCGCAUUGUCACUUCUGACAACAUCUUUGGGCAAUUAUCUUAGCUCAUUUAUUCUAACUAUGGUAACGUACUUCACAACCACAGGGGGGAAAGCAGGAUGGAUUCCGGAUAACUUGAACAAGGGCCAUCUAGAUUAUUUCUUCUGGCUCAUAGCUGGACUCAGCGUUGCGAACAUGUUCAUCUACAUUGUUUGCGCCAAGAAAUACAAAAAGAAGGCGGCCUCCUAAGGAGGUUAUCUCAUCAACUAGAAGAUGAUCGAUUAGCCACGACUCACGAGCGGAUUAGCUAUGGAUGGUUUGUACAUAAAGAAAAAAGUUUCUUUUCCUUGGGGUAUAGGAGGAAUAUGCUUUGUAUCAUAUUCGCUAUUUGGUUAUGGUGAACUGAUCCGAUUGUUAGAAACUCCAAAUCUCAUUUCUUUCAAAUUUGCUCCCUUUAGAAUUUACUGAAUUGAGAUGAUUCAGUCUGCAAAAUGCAAAAGCUCUUUUCAUUAA